AUGGCUUUUGCAGAAGUGGACAUCAAGUCGACGAGGCCUGUGGGCUCCUCUGCCGGCUUUGGAGCAGUAGCAGGAGCAGGCGCAAAUGCGCCGUCUGGCCAGAUACUCAACAAGUAUUCUCGUCUCAUCACACAGAGCGAAGCGAGAGGGGCGAGUCAGGCCAUGCUGCACGCUGCUGGGCUCACAGUGGAAGAUCUCGACAAGCCGCAGGUGGGAAUCAGUUCGGUGUGGUGGGAAGGUGAGCGGUGUCAAAUGAUUUUGACAAGCUCGCUCAGCGUUGAUCGUCACAACGAUGCUGAUACGGUCUACAUGCGCUGCCUCCAGGCAACCCUUGCAACAUGCAUCUUCGCACAUUUGGGGAUGCCAUCAAAAAGAGCUGUCAGGAGGCCGGUCUUGUCGGAUUGCAAUUCAAUACGAUUGGCAUAUCCGAUGCCAUCAGUAUGGGAACACCGGGCAUGCGGUACUCCCUUGCAAGUCGGGAGGUCAUUGCGGAUUCCAUCGAAGCGGUCACCAUGGGUCAAUACUACGACGCCAACAUAUCCGUCGUCGGAUGUGACAAGAAUCCACCUGGUGCGCUGAUUGCUGCCAUGAGACACAAUCGACCCACUCUGCUCGUAUGGGGCGGAACGAUUGCUGGAGGUCGACAUACGAUCGAUGUUCCCGGCAUGCAAAGGAAAGCAGGCGAUGUGUGUCAGAUAUCGGACAACUUCGAAGCGGCUGGAGCGUACGCCGUAGGCAAAAUCACCAAUGAGCAGCGUUUGAACAUUGUGCGCAAGAGCUGUCCUGGCCCAGGUGCUUGCGGAGGCAUCUACACUGCCAACUCUUUUGCGACAUUUUUGGAAGUGGCGGGAGUCUGUUUGCCUGGAACGGCUGCUACACCUGCAACGCACGGCGAUAAGCUCAAAGAGUGCGCCAGGAUUGGUGCCGCGAUGAGGAGAAUGUUGGAGCUGGACAUCAAGCCGAAGGAUAUUUUGACGAGGGAAGCGUUCAUCAAUGGGUUGGUGAUGAACUGCGUGAUCGGAGGAUCGACCAAUUUGGUGUUGCACCUGAUCGCCAUCGCAAAGACGGGAGGAGUGGACUUGACGAUCGACGACUUUCAGCGGAUCACGGAUCGGACACCUUUUUUGGCGGAUAUGAAGCCAUCUGGAAAGUACGUCAUGGAGGAUUUGUUCAGGAUUGGCGGCAUUGCACCGCUCAUUAAAUACAUCGCGACGGAGACCAACCUGCUCAAUUUGGACGUGAUGACCUGCACGGGCAAGACAUUGCGAGAGAACCUGGCAGAUGUGGAACCGAUGAGGUUCGACAAUCAAGACGUCAUCCGACCUCUUUCCAACCCAAUCAAAGCGACGGGUCACUUGACCAUCAUGAGGGGCAACUUGUGUCCCGGCGGAGCGGUGGCCAAGCUGACGGGUAAAGAAGGAACAGAAUUUACGGGUACCGCAAUAUGCUUUGACCAAGAGGAAGGAGUGAUGAGGGCCAUAGGACAAGGCAAGGUGAAACCGGGUAGCAUCAUCAUCAUCAGAUACGUCGGACCUCGUGGUGCGCCGGGAAUGCCGGAACAGCUGGAGUCGACGGCUGCAGUCAUGGGUGCAGGUCUGGGCAAGAGCACUGCGCUGAUCACUGAUGGCCGAUUCUCGUGAGUCUCACAUCAACCAGAUCGUCGCGCUUCGUGCGCCGCUGUCUCAUCUUCCCUUACCGAUCUUUGUCUGUGCAUGAUCUCAGGGGGGCCAGCCAUGGCUUCUGUGUCGGCCAUGUCGUUCCCGAAGCGAUCAAUGGAGGUCCAAUCGCGCUCGGUGAGAGAAGCGAGCUGCUAGAACCAAUGGCUGCGUGAUGGCGCUUUGAUUAUUUACGAGUAUGUGUAUCCCUUGCUCCGCUCAUCUUCAGUCGAGGACGGUGACAAGGUGACCAUCUCAGCAGCUGCUAAAGAAAUCACAAUUCACGUCGCGGAAGACGUUUUGGCACAGCGCAGAGCUGCGUGGGAAGCUGAUGCCAGCAAGAAGCAACUCAAGGUGAAAAGCGGGUGAGUGUCAGGGUGCCACCCCAGCUCAGCAGCCGAAGCUGCUUAUAGUCGCUGAUCAACUAUUCCGUCCAAUUCCGUAAAGCAUGCUAUACAAGUACGUAUCGACGAGUGGCGCGUCGACCCAGCUUGACCUCACUCGACUUGCCCAUACUGACUCUUGCUACCACCAUGACAUUCUUGAUCGUCAUCGCAGGUACGCUGCAACGGUCUCGGAUGCUUCUCAAGGAGCUGUGACAGACUUUUUUUGA